UUCUUUUUCUUUCUAAACGUCCAAAAAGCGCCGAAAUGCUGGCGACUUUUUUCCAGAAAAUUUCUGCCCCGUUUCUGCCCAAAAUCUGCCCAGAUUUCUGCCCAAAUUUCUGCCAAAUUAUAUAUUUUUUAUUCUUAGUUCUUACUGCCUUUCUUAUGUGUUAUGUAGUUGAUAUUUUAAUGGCGCCAAAAGAAGAUAGGAAAGACCCGGCUUGGGCUUACUCGGCAAGAGCUAGCGAGACCAACAAGAUGGCCAUUAGAUGUCUUUUUUGUGAUAAGAUUACAAAUGGAGGAAUCUAUCGUCAAAAAGCGCAUCUAAUCGGUGGUGAUCCAAAUGUCGCAUCUUGUCCUAAAGUUCCGGGUCAUGUGAAGGAAGAAUUGAAAGCAUACCUUCAAAAAAAGAAAGAGUUAAAGACUCAAAUGAUUCAUGAACAAGAACUUUAUAAUCUUGAUGACGAUGAUGAUGAAACAGAAGAAGGUGACGAUGCUUCGUCGCUUCCACCAAAAUCACAAAAGCGGGGAAGGAUGCUUCCACCAAUGUCUUCUAGUUGUGGAUCUACUGGCAAGACCAAAGGUCCUAUGGAUUGUUACCUCCCGCAAAAAUCUGGAGAUAAGGGAGGAAAAAGUGGUAAUCCUCAAGUUGAUGCAAAAGCGAUUUUGAGGGACCGUGCAGUAACCUUUUUUGCCCGAUGGAUGUAUGAUGCAGGUCUUCCUUUUAAUUGUGUUAAUUAUACCGACACUUUUGCUGCUUUUAUUGAGGCCGUAGGCCAACAUGGCCCAGGAAUGAAGCCUCCAACUUAUUAUGAAGUUAGUGGGCCAUAUCUACAAAAAGAGGUGGCAGAGGUGAACAAAAUCGUUGAGGAGCACAAAGUAGAAUGGGACAAGUUUGGUUGUUCUAUUAUGAUGGAUAAGUGGACAGCGAGAAAUGGAAAAAUGAUCAUCAAUAUCUUGGUGAAUUCUCGUAAGGGAAGCCUGUUUCUUGAGUCCGUUGAUGCAAGCGACUCUUCGACUGAUUCAACCAAAAUGUACUCCUUGUUCAAGAGUACAAUAGACUCUAUUGGAGCAGAAAAUGUUGUUCAAGUUGUCACGGACAACGCCAGUGAAAAUGUUAAAGCUGGUGAUUUGAUGUCUGCUGCGUACCCGCAUAUCUAUUGGACUCCGUGUGCAGCACAUUCUGUUAAUUUGAUCUUUGGUGAUAUUUUCAAGGAAAGACCCUUCAGUACUGUCUUUAAUCAGGCAGUUAGAGUGCAUUCCUAUAUUGUUCAAAGGCCUUUAUUAUUGAACAUGAUGAAGAGAUUCACUAAACAAAGAAGCUUGGUGAAACCUGCAAAGACGAAGAUUUGCUACUGCUUUCUCGACUUUGGCUAGGAUGUAUGAGCAAAAAGGCAAUUUGAAGAAGUUGUUUGUUUCAUAUGAGUACACUAGCAGUGCCUAUGGAAGGGAAGCUCGAGGGAGAGAAUCUGCAAAUAUUAUACUUUCUACUUCAUUCUGAAACAAUGUGGUUCAUGCAGUGAAGAUUGGUGGUCCUUUAGUUAAAGUGCUUCGUUUGGUGGAUGGGGAGCAAAGGCCACCAAUGGGCUACUUGUACGAAGCAAUUGAUAGGGCAAAGGAGGCUAUUCAAGACUCUUUUAGUGAUCAAAGAAAAUACAAAAGAGUCUUUGAGAUCAUAGAUAAAAGGUGGGAUAGUAAGCUUCAUAGCCCUUUGCAUGCAGCUGGACUUGUUUUGAACCCGGAACUGUUUUAUGCCAAUGAAGAGAGGAU